AUUUAAUAAUAUUUACGUGAAAAAAAUCGUUUAUUAAAUGCAAUAAAACCGUUGUAUGUUUACACAAACGUUGAAAUUCGUAUAUUUAAUUUGUUUUCAAGCCAAUUGUUUUGGUUUAAGUUUAAAUUUGGUGUGCCACAAUUAAGUUUCGAAAUCCUUUGGCCAAAGAGAGAAAGAGAAAAAUCAAUUUUCUUUGGUAUAGAAUUAAAUCGGCGGUUUGGUAAAUGAAAUAAAAAUUACACUGCAUCGAACAUUCAAAGCAAUAAAAUAUAAUUUGAAAGAUUGUGAAAAAAAAUCACCAAGUGAAACGGUGCCUAUAGCUAGGGAAAAGAAAUUCAAUGCGUAUGGCAAGGGAGAGUAAAUAGAAUAGAGACAUACGUCAGUGGUACGACGGACCAUAUAAUAUGACAGCAAUUUUCAAUCAUCGCAAUGCAUGUGUUUUGUAAAGUGAGAUUUGUAUGUAACAAUUGUGCACUAGGCUAAAUUUUGUUUCAAAAAAAAAAAAUAAGAAAAAAAGACAAUUGAUUAUAUUAUGGCGCCCAUAAUGUGUGAAUUAUUAAGUUCUUGAUUUUCCGUAUUCGUUGGUGUCGAUUUAUAUGAAGUGACAUUCGUUGUUUACGCCUCAGUGGAAUUGAGCAAUAGUAGAAAGAAAAAUCGCGAAAAAGAAGAAAAAAAAAACAAAAUUUGAACAAAUGAAAAGUGACAAAACCAUGGAAAAAUCGAGCAGCAAAGCCGAAUUUGAUUCGGUGGAGUUCGAAAAACGUUUAAGCAAUUUAAAAGACACACAAGAUAGCAUACAGGCGCUAUCAGCGUGGUGUCUUCAAAACCGUACUCAUCACAAAAAAAUCGUUACGAGCUGGUUGCUUGUACUCAAACAGGUCAAAGUUGAGCAUCGCUUGACUUUGUUUUAUUUAGCCAACGAUGUAAUUCAGUACAGCAAACGAAAAAAUUAUGAAUUUGUCGAAAGUUGGGGUACGGCAUUACAAAGGGCCACCACAAUGGUUAGGGAAGAAAAAGUCAAACAUAAAAUUGAGCGAAUAUUUCGAAUAUGGGAACAGCGAGCCAUUUACAAUGAAGAAUUCUUGUCCGAUUUACGUGGAUUGCUGAGUAUAAAUCCAGCGAAAAAACCGCCGCCAACUGAAAAUGACGAUGAACAAGCGACUAUUACGGUGGCAAAUGUUAAAAAUUGCAUUAAAUUGGAAAAAGAAACUGAUCGAAGUUUUAAAGCUUUGCCAAAAGCACCAUUAUGUGAUAAAGACUCAAUUACCCAAUUGAAAGAUCGAAGUCAAGUUGAGGAAUUGGAAAAGGAAAUUAUUGAGAGACGUGUUAAAUUGGAGCAUUAUAUAAAAGCAUUAUCGAAUGAAAUCAAAGCUCGAACCACAUUGAUUUCAGUUUUGGAUCAAGCCGAUGCAUUCUAUCACAAUCAACGGGGUGAGGUUAAGGUGGUCGCAACAGCCUAUCGAAACUAUGGCAACAGCAUUAAAACGAUGAAACGAAGAUUGGAAGAUCUGACCAAGACAUUGCCAAGCCCAAUACCAUCGCCCGAUAUAAAUGCACCAUCACCGGGUCCACAAGAUAAUGACUUUGUAUUGCCGGGAGAGAAGAAUUUCAAUCAGAAUUCUUUCAACGCACAAACCAAUCGAAUGAUGGGUUACAUGGAUGGUGGACGUUUGCCGUUUGAUAUCAACGAUUUUUCGGCGUCGAGUCCAAAAGGAAACGAAGCACAUAUUCAGGUGAUCGAUUCAACGUCAAAGGAUAAUGAUAUAGAUGAUUUCUUCAAAACUCUAAUGCAUGAUACAUACACACCGGCAAUACCACCACAACCAGUGCCUGCCGUUGGAUCAUCAAAUUAUUAUGGAUCCGCAUUUCCAUCGCAACAAACAAGCACCUACGAAUUCGGUCAAUAUGAAAAUACAUCCACAACAAAUUUGUUCAGUGGUGAUGCAAACAAUUCGUCAUACAAUCAAUCGUAUUCGAGUACAUUUAAUGCACCAAUCGCACAACCGCCGCUGCCACCCUCAACCAAUCAACAGGAUAAUUGGGAAAUGGAUAUGUCAUGGAAUGCCAAUCAAGAGUCAAAUUUCAAUCAGUCAAUGGAUGCACCCAGAUCACCACCACAUUACGAACGUAAAGGCAUCAAUACAAAUGUCAUUGAAUACAUUGAACCGGGUGUAAAUGAUUCACAUAUAGCCGGUGCCGGCGAUGUCGAUCAUCGACAAUUAAUAUUGCCAAUGAAUGGAUUGAGUGCACUCGGGGCAAAGGAUCGUGGUCGUCUCAGUGAUGUUGAUCACCGGAAUUUAAUUUCAUUAACUGGUUCGCCAAAACUCACCGAUAAAGAUGCAAACGGUUCACAAAUCGAUUCAAUGAGAAAUAAUGCGCCAGACUCAAAGCUAUUGCCGCCUCCCUCACCGCCGGCUAUGCUUUUAUCAUCGAACAUAAAUACGUCAGACACAGGUAAAAUGAACGCUUCGCUAUUGCGAUUUCAAAAUACACCUUUACAACAGCAUUCACAUGCUAAAGCUUCACAAAAUCGUUCGCCAUCUAAAGCACAUAACGGACGUGACAAUACAGAGAGCAUUGACAUGGAGAUGUCAGACGAAGAUUUCGAUACAAUUCCAGACUUUCAGAAUAAAUCAGUGGAUGAUUUGCAAACGUCAAACAUUAACACGCGAUCAGAGGGUUUAUUGGGUGCAGCUCCAAAUUCGUACACAUCACCAGUCGACUCAAAGCGGCAAAAUCCAUUUCGAUCAAAUGCUCAAGAUGUCUUGCAUUCACUGCAACCACCUCAAAUGUUGCUGCAUUCAAAUCUACCGAUGCCAAGACCUGGUCCACGUCCAUUGCUAGACAUACCAACCGGUUUCAACAAUACACGACCACCAUUUCUUGGCCAUCAUAAUUCACUGAUGCCUGAUAUCGAUGCCAAUUCACCAAAUCAACCGCCACAAAAUCCAUUCUUAUUGAACAAUCCACGCGUCCUUUCACCGCAUCAAACGCAUUCACCACAAAUGAAUUAUCGCAACAAUAAUCAAUCGAUUCGUGGAAAUUCACCGUAUUUUAGAAAUCAAAAAGGUCCAAUGCGUGGCGGUUAUCGUCCAAAUUUCCGUGGAGGAAAUCGAAAUUGGAGCUGAGGCCAUUGACUGUAAUGUUGAGCCAAAAAACAAAGAAGGACAGCUUCGAAAACAUCUGUUUUGUGAGUAUGAUCGAGAUAAUCGGCCAACAACGAAGGACGGACCC